AUGACUGCAGGAAACAAAAAGGUUCAGAAAGAAAAAGAAGCUGAAAAACAAGCACUCGCAGAUAAAAAAGCUGCAGAACAAAAAAAGAAGGAAGAACUUGCUGAGUUGUUCAAACCAGUUCAGACACAGAAAGUACCAUUUGGUGUAGACCCUAAAACUAUCCUUUGUCAAUUUUUCAAAGCUGGACAAUGUCAAAAGGGAGAUAAGUGUAAGUUCUCCCAUGAUAUUAAUAUUGAGAGAAAAGUUCAAAAAAUCGAUUUAUAUACUGAUGCAAGAAGUGAAGAAGAAAAGAAGGAUGAUACAAUGGAUAAAUGGGAUCAAACGAAACUUGAACAAGUUGUCACGUCUAAACAUGGAAAUCCUAAAACAACCACAGAUAUAGUAUGUAAAUACUUUUUAGAGGCCAUUGAAAAUCAAAAAUAUGGUUGGUUCUGGGAAUGUCCUAAUGGAGGAAAGAAUUGCAAAUAUAGACAUGCUCUUCCACCUGGAUUUGUAUUAAAGAGUAAAGCACAGAAAAAAAUUGAAGAAGAGGAAGCCAAUCAAAUAACUCUUGAAGAAUUUUUGGAAACAGAGCGUCAUAAAUUAGGUACAAAUCUCACACCUGUCACGCUUGAAAGUUUUUCUGAAUGGAAGAAAAAUCGCAAAGCAAAGAUUGAAGCUGAGUAUGAACUUAAACGUGCUGCAAAAGAAGCUGCUUUCAAAGCUGGCAGAGCGCAAGGAAUGUCAGGUCGUGAUCUAUUCACUUUUAAUCCUGAUCUUGUCAACGAAAUUGAUGACGAAGAUGGUGAUGAGUUCGAUUUGUCUGGAUAUCAGCGCGAUGAUUAUCAGCGAGAUGAUAAUGAUAAAGAAGAUGGUCAAGAUGAUGAAAAUCUAGUAGAUAGGCAAUCUGAUAAUGAUGAUAAGAUUGCCUGUGGUGAAGGUAGUAGUAGUGUCGAAAAUGAUGUUUCACAUAAAACGGACAAUACUUCUUUACCAGUCAUUGUGGACGAAGUUGAAAAUGUCGCAGAUAGUCAAUUCAGUGAUAAUUGGGACCGCCUAGCGCAAGCUAUUCGAGAAAUUCACAGGAAAAAUGCGUCGAUCUUAAGUUUUGAAGAGCUUUACCGUAAUGCCUAUAAUAUGGUCCUUCAUAAAAAUGGUGAUAAGCUAUACAACGGUGUGAGGGAAGUUAUCACACAACACUUAGAAGAGGUAGCCAAAGACCAAGUCGUUCCGGCUUUCCCAAUUUCAGGUGCUAGUAGUUCACAAGCAAAUUCCGCCAACGGCGCUGGUGGUGCAAAUUUCUUAAAAGUAUUAAAAAGUGUUUGGGAAGAUCAUACAACAUGUAUGCUCAUGAUUAGAGACAUUUUAAUGUAUAUGGAUCGUGUGUAUGCCAAAUCUGCAAAUGUUCCUCUAGUCUACGAAUUAGGAUUAGAACUCUUUAGGGAUACCAUAGUUCGAUCUACAAGAGAUCCUAUUCAAACUCAUCUUUUGGACGUUCUUUUAAAUCAAAUCCUUCUUGAACGUGAAAAUGAGAUCAUCGAUAGCUCUAAUAUUAAAGCAUCAAUGGAUAUGCUACUCGAAUUAACUGAUGCAAAUACUAAAGAUACAGUUUAUGCUACUGAUUUUGAAGGAAGAUUUUUGGAAACGAGUUCUGAAUACUACCGAGUUGAAGGUCAAGUGCUCGUAGGAGAUUGUGAUGCACCAGAAUAUAUGAAAAAAGUUGAGAAGCGUCUUAAUGAAGAAGAACAACGUGUACGGCAUUACCUUUCACAAACUACUGAACCAAAAAUUAGAAGUAUUGUAGAAGAAGAACUUAUUUCUAAACAUCUUAAAACC